GGCAAGAGGCCAUCUUGGAAGACAUAGUUGGCGACUAUGAGGCAAUCAAUGCCAGGCAAAGUGUGUUUUAUCUUGAAGCAGCCAUUUCGAACUCAAAACCCUCUGGCCUUGUCUUGCUUGGGCUUGCUCAUCUGUAUCCUCGUAGUCCGCGCAGCAGACGAUGACGUUGUCAUUCCAAUGGAUGUGAAAUCGCUUUCAGAGAGCCUCUCCCCAUUUUCGAAUCAGACAGACGUCGGCAUAUCCACAGAAAUGACACUCUGUGAGUGCGAAAAAGCUGGGGGAGCUCCAAACGGCCUGUCCUGUGACAAGGAAGGCUGGUUCAUCUCCAGCUUUGAGCGUGAAGGAUCUUGGCUGAGUGGCGGAGGUCUGGUGCCGCUGUCCCAUGCAAUCUGCUGCCGACCGUGCCUGCCCUCAGAGCUGCCCAAGACGGCGGCCCCCAUCGCCCCUGACGCCAAUGCCGUCGCGGUCAUGUCCAUCGGCUGCCACGCGUCUUCUGGCAGCGGCCCCUGGGCGCUCAAGUGCGAGGAGCAGGGCAGCAGCAUUGUCACAGGGUGGGAGCAGGCGGUGUUGGUGUCGAGCAGCAUCGACGCGUACUAUCCGAUGGGGGGCGCGGCGUGCUGCACCCCCUCGCUGCUGCUGGAGACGGGGGACGCGUGGGAGUUUGAGCGCUGCGACUGCGUGGCCUCCAAUGACAUCAACUGCGGCGGGCUCUCCACGCACCGCCUCCUCUUCGGCUUCGACCACUGGCGGAUAACGCGGACGGGGGACUUUGUGCCGAUAGGGCCGGCGCAGUGCUGCAAGAUGUGCCUGUCAGAUACUGUGCACCCGAUGGACUUGUGCGACGACCUCAACUUCUGCUCCGGCCACGGCAUCUGCACGCUCGGCUCCUGCCAGUGCCGCCCCGGCUGGGCCGGCCCCGACUGCGGCAUCCCUGGAGGCGGCAUGAAUCAUGGCCUGCCGCAGUGGCUGGUGUCAGUCAUCAUCAUGAGCAGCUGCGCCGCGCUCUCGCUCCUCAUGCUGGCCAUCAACCGCCUCAUCCGCUUCUUCCAGAUGCGCUCCGCAGGCGCGCUUCGCUCACUUCAAAAAAUAAUUUAA